AUGCCCCUGGCACCAGUCCUGCCACCUUUAACACCGAGGCCAGCAGCACUGCAAAGGUUCAUUGAAUCGCUCGUGGCGAAAAGAGAGAAACAGAAUGGUGAUGCUACACGGAGUCGUUUCACUCGAUGUGCCAUAGCUCUGUAACAUGGGUACCUGCUUUAAGAGCCUUUUCUCUGAUGCUCUUGGACAUUCGGAAGGGAAAAAAGGUUUCAAGGUUUCCUCUGGUCCUUAUAAACAUCAUACAAACGUAGUCUUAAACUCAGAAAAAAAGGGAUUUAAUUCUCAAUCAAAGAGAUUUCAGUAUAACCAGAAUGAAAACCCAGGCCCAGGAUUCUAUAAUGUCACUCAUCAGUCUGCAGAGAGCAACAGCACCUCGUUGUCUCAGAAAGGAACUGGAUACUUUCCUUCCCUGGUUGCACGCAUUGCACACAGCAAAAUCGCCAGCUAUCCAGCUGCAAAUGCCUACAAGAUCCCAUCAUGUUUUCAGUCCAAGCAAGACUUUAGCAAGGGAAACUCUAGCAUGUUUCAACAACCCAUUGCUGGGAAGAUUGAAAAAAUCCCCAUGCCAGCACCUGAUCAAUACCACACCUCUGUGGAUUUCUGCAAGCAAAGCAACAGUGUUUCUGCCCAUGCCGUGUUUGUGUCCAAAACCACAAGAGGAUUAAAUUUGGAAAAAAUUGGAAAAUUGCCUUCUCCAUGUCACUACAACAUCAACGAUUCCCUCAUCAAGGUGUCUCCCAAGAGUAUAACAUCUUGCUUCAAAUCAAAGGCCUCCCAUCCGACAAAGAUGGACAGAUUCAUUACACAGACUGCAACCUACCCAACACAGCCACAUAAACCUACCAAGGAAGCAAAGAAAACUCCUUUCAGGCAGAAAUUCUGCUUGACUCUCUCUGCUCCAGCCGUCCCACCCUGUAAAGACCCUCCCUCACCUGGGCCUGGGCAAUAUGAGCUUGUGGAUUACAAAGGGUCUCCAAAGCAGGACUGCUCGAGCGCUGUGUUCCUGUCAAGCACAGGGCGAUGGACAGGGAGAGGAUCACAGGAAGGUUUGCCUGGGCCAGGUAAAAAUGAAAAUUGUUCUUCACUACUAGAGACACCAAAACACUUUGCAGAGGUGACUAUACAGUGCAAUUGCACACUCAACAGGAAGGAAACAAGGCAGAGAAGAUAGGAGAGCCCAUCUGCAAAGGCAUGUAGACACCUCAAGAUGCACACCAUUUCCAGAAGGCACCUAAACUCAGUAGGACGUAGCAUGUGGGAUCAUUUGUGAAUCGGGGACAGUGGGUUUAUGAUGGCGCACCAAGUGCCUAAAUCCUUAUGAGAUCAGACUGUGGUGUCUCCUGACACCUUUAGAUGGUCCAAUAUCUUUGCAUAUCUGGGCUAAAUGGUCUCCAAAGGGCCACACAGGAGCAACAUGGCAGAAGCAGGGCUCGAGUCCUGACUGCCACCUCUUUCUGACUUACUGGUCCAUAUUUUAUGUUAUUAUUUUUAAGGGCAAUAUUGAAAAAAAGGAUGUUUGAGGUAUAAAGGCCAUUAAAAUAUAACUGACUGUCAGCAGGUUUGACAAACAGGUUCUACACAUGCACUGUAACUCACAGAACUAUCACACAAUUCUGGCUGUUGGUACCACAGACAUUUCACCUGGGUUGUUUUACUGUUUUGAUGGAAGAAAGUAGCAGAUGCAGGGAGAGAGGAAAAAAAAAAAGUGUGUCUUGUUACAGUAGAGAAAGCAUCCAUAUCCCAGCCAGAGAGCAACGCUGCAGAGCAUCCCAGCACCGAAUCUCCUUGGUUUUACACCACUCUGGCUGUUCUCUCCCCCAGGGGCUUCCCCAGGGGGUUUCCAGACAUAAAUUUGAAAGAAGAAACACAUCCUGCAGUUUGUAAUCAGGAAAUGCCUGUUGAAGGGGGAGGAGGGACUCACCCUCAAAGAGGAAUGGGUUAAACACACCACACUGACUUACAGCAACACGCUUUGUUUUGGUGCUACCAGUCUGUCCAGUAUGGAGCAGUGGGCAGGCUGCCUCACUCCCGCAGGUAGCCUCGCAGUGCAAGUUGUUGCGUUGAUGGCAAAGGGAUGGCUCACAUGAGGAAGCGUGCCCAAAUUUUGUCCCUCUGACGUUAGCAUUGAUAGAAGAGAGGCAGAUGCAGGGACAAACCCUGCUGUGGUCCCCUUGUGUUUGUCUUUCCUUUUGUCCUUUGUCUCCAGUUCUUUACUGCAGAGAUACAGAGCUAGUCACGGGGUGAGGAACGGCUCAGCUGAAUGUGUGUGGAACACGUCCCUCAGUGCCUCUUUGCUAAUUGGUGCUAGGCACAAGUAACAUUAUUUUCUCAGUCAGACUCAUAUUUCUUGCCUUAUUUGUUUCUUCCAAGAUUCUUAAGUCCUUCUGGGAGGUUACCAUAGGGCUAGAAGAGCAAAUAGUAGCAAAUUUGCCGUUCUUUCUAGUGAAUGAACUUACCUAGCUGCAGAAGUCAUACCAGCCACAAACAGCUAGUGAACAUGUUGGUGCCAUCAGUCUCUCCAGAGCCCUUGCAACAGCACAAAUGGGUUUUUCUGAAGCCGUGUCCAGAUCACAUCCCAGGAUUUGUGAUGUACUGUGUAAACAUGCUAACUCCCUUCAAGCUGUUCUGUGGACUAGACUAGGAGAAGAUCCCCAGCUAACGUAAAUUGAUCUGUCUCAGUUAAAGAAACCGAGCUAGACUAGUUUAUUCAUGCUAAAGAUCUGGCCCAGAAUCAUUAAGAAUGGUAUUUCUAGUCUACUCCCUUCAUCCCAUGCAAUACCAUGUUAGUGCAUGAAAAGGACAAAGAGACACCAUCAUCACAAACAUGUCCAUCGUUGUAGUCUUCUCUCUAUUGCCAAAAAUACCAUAAGUCUCCUUUCAACUCUAGCCUGAAAGGAGGGGAAGAAAAUUCCAUUGGAUCAAAAUUCCCAGUUAUGAGAUUAGAGGUGGCUUUAGCCCUUGUCCACAAGAAGGUACAGAAUAGUUCUGUACUAUACCACAAAGAACAACAGCAGAACUACAGGGAGGCUAAACAUACUUCACAAUGAAAUUAGCUGGUGUCCGAUACAAAGCAGCAGCUUUCCAGAAGGCUGGUUAUUCACUAGUUAUUGAUGCCAGGGCUGCUUGGGAGACAAAGUUGCAGUGUAUCCAAGAACUCCAGGUAAUCCUUUGCACAGGAUUGGGUGUGACAGUCAAAUAUACAAUCAAGACAAUCCUCAGCUUACUAAAACUGAGUCCAUGUACACCAGAUAUUAGCAUUAAACCUUAAUUCUAUGGCCAACAUCCCUUCCCAGUAGAAGAUAUGAGGAUAUUCACACAGGCUGACCGUGCAGAGGGUUCUAGUACCUGUCUCAUCAAUCAGAAAUUUAGUUAUAGCAGUCCUAGGAAUUACCUAGGUGAGAAAGCAGAGCAGAGGGGACCCCUCACUGACCUCAUUAAAGAUUUUCACGUCGUGAGGAAGAUGCAGAAAGAGUUUCAGUCCCUCCUAUCUUUGGUCCUCUCUGGUAUCCAUCACAGUGCCAGGACACCUCCAAAUGUGAUGCAUGGGUGUCCUAACAAAACACAGGAUGCUGCUUUUCCCACUAGGUCAAUGGAGAACCACACCACACAGAGAUCCUCAGAGCUGCUUGGAUGGUGAUGCAAGGAAUGAAUAAGCAUGGGUAAAGACAUAAAAAUUGGGUUUUAUUUGUACAACUGAACAGCAGAGCCCUCCACCUAGCGCUGUGGAUACCAGAGCUCUUGCAAAACUCAGCUCAUAGGCUGCUAUAUUUCUCUUUUUUAAUGCAUCUUCCUCCUUGUAGGUGCUUAUUCGCCCAAAACACUCAAGAAAGAUUCCUUCAUCUACAACUAUGAUAGCAAGUGGGUCCCAGUGCUGUGAGCAGGAGAACCCAGACACCAGAGUGAGGUUCCACAGAUGGGGCUUCUUUCAAACGCUGCAAAGCACAUGCUGACUCACAGUAAGUGGUCCUGUCCUCAGCCUGCCAGGGUUGGCCACCUGAUAGUUCAGCAGCUAAUAGCAGUAUUCAGAACAUACUCUAUAUUGGAAGAUAAUCAUUAGCUGAAGUUGACUUGAGAGCUUCCAGUUUAGCUGAUGGUGAAUAAUUAAUACAAUUAAUGAAAGUUGCAAAAACCUCCUCUUGGUGCCAUCAUCUGAUACGCCAAAAAGAGAAUAGUCCCUUGUAGCCCUAGGAGAUGCUACCAUGAGCAGGGAGACAGUCCUUUCUUAUCAAGGUUGAAACACGUGAAAAGGACAGCGUGGGCAAAUCCUACACUUCUGCUGUGCUCACUCAGAGGACGGACACUUGGGUUUGCUACACAGCAUCAGGCCUUGGUGCAGCUGAAGCACUGUGCCCAUGUGGGCUGUGCGUCAUACCUUGACAAUGCGGGUGCCCAGACACCCUCCCCCACACACUCGCCAGGUACAUUUUACAAGCCAGUUGACAUGAACCUUCCUGACUCAAGUCAGCACAAACCAGCUGCUGACUGUCCAGAGCAGAGGCUGCUCCAAAGGAAGCUUCUCUCAUUUGUCUGCCUGAGCCCUUUGCAAAACACAAGUGGGUUCAUACUUUCACACGACCUUUGUUCAGUCAAAGGUGAAUCGCCUUCAUCACUUGUAUCUUAAUCUUCAAAAGGCGCUGGUGGGCUCCGGGCAAAGAGUCAAGAAUGCUUUCACAUAUUUGGGAGCUCUGCUUUACGCAACCUCUACAGCAACUCGCCUUUGCUGGAAGGGAUGAGUGAUACUGAGCCAGUCAGCAAAACACCCACCUUCGGCAGGGGGCGGUGACCAUGUGUGCUUUUACACUGGCGUGAAUCAACUGGCAUUUCCCUGCAUGCAGGGAAGUUACCACGAUUUAAAACCUGACAAAGUCAGGCUUACCCAGAACAAGUACCUGGUUCUCUGCCUCCACCCCAUGAACAGAGAGGAAGGUAAUUUGCACAAGCACAGCUCCAGCCAGGGCAAUUCCCACUCUGCAAAACUUGGAACAGGUUCACAGCCAGUGUAAAAUGGGCAAGCGUAAAAUUCAGCAAGAUUCAUCUUUUUCGUCCUUUGAUUGCAAACGACCUAAAGUUUCCAGCGACACGAUUCUUGCUAGCGUAGAACUGGGAGUAACGCUACCAAAUGGAAUUACACUGGUGUAACCGAGAAGAGAAUCAGAUGAAUAGCCCCAAAUAAGACUUUUAGAGCAACUAACUGAGGCACAGGUGAUUACCAAGCGCCCGUAAUAUUGCAUACACAAAAUAAAACAACAGAGUUAUCCACAGCCCUCCCAAAUCCGUGCUGCACCCCAGAGGCAAAUUCCAAAGCAAACCAGGCAGCAAGCUGCUGUCUCUCUGAGCCCCACCGCUCUCAGGGGUCCCCCCAAGAGCCACAGCCUCUGCCAGAGCAAUGGCACCUCCUUUGGAGGGAACACUAGCAUUUGCAGGAAGCUCCAAGAGCUUGCCCUGAUAUUCUUUGAGGCAAAAAACCUAGAGCAAGUUGGCAGAGUGCUCCCAUAUCUGUCCGCUUGCUGUUUCCACCAAUCCCUUGUGUUCCAGGCCUCUCCGCCCCAUGCCUGACACUGCCCGUUCUCAGGUCCCCAACUUGGGCAAGCAGGUAGGGAAUGAGGAAACAGCACGCAAGGCCUCCAGUGCCUGUUUGUAGGCUGCACCUCUCACAGUUUCCUUCUUUCACACAGAGUUUUUCUGCCCAAGCCUUCCUCAGGCAGGCAAAGGAACUGCUAAGGCAGAAUUUGAAAACAACUGGGUCAAGGUUGCCCACCUACAUCAGGACGAUUAACUGCUAUCCUUCAUUUCUUUGCUGUAGCCUCACUCUAUCCUGGAGAAGCAGCAGCACAUUAGCCUCCUCCUGAUCUCCCUACCCCCUCCUCUCUAAGGAAGCCAGGUGCCCCCUCUCCCACAGGUAGUGGGAAACCUUUGCUCUUACCUUAGCAGCUGGCCCUUGUCUCAGCGAUCAGGCAGCAGCAGUUCCCUCUCCCCAGGACCCGACCCUGCAGAGGCAGCUUUGGCAGGGUGCUCAGAGCAUGAAGUCUUUCUGCAGAUGUCUCCAUUAGAAGAGCAGGGCCCUUCUGCCCACCUGGCACAUGAUGGGAUCAGGCAGCCAAGACUGUGGAGGCACCUGUAGGUUUCAUCAGCUCAGCUAUCAAUUCUAAAAGUAUGUCCAGUUUUAGGGUAAUUCUUGGCAUGCAUUUUUUUAAACUAGAGCUGAAAGUCUGCUGUAAUGAAACUGUAGGCACAGCCUUGUAGAACUAUCACUCUGAACCAGAGAAAAGCUGCUGAAGAAGGAGUUUAUAAUACAAAGACAAAAAGAGUGCAGAGUCCUGGGAGAGAUCUUCAAAGGCUGAUAAGCCUCCAAAUUUAUCUGAGCUUCAUCUUAGAGGUCCUCCUUAUCAUAAUAACAACACUUAAUCCAAAAUUCACCAACCAAUCUAUUUCAAAAUUUCAGCCUCCCCAACCAGCAGGAGCAGAGCUCAUCUCCAUUUACUGGUUACAGUAAAUACAGAUAGGAAAAGCACAGGGUGAAGCAUACAAAGAGGCAAGAAGAAAGUCCUCAGUGGUCAGAAGACAAAUGAGAAAAAACAGGGCUCCCCUUGGUGGUUUUUUACCUAAUGGGAAGCAGCUGCAGACAGCUGUCAGCACAGGGGACUCAUGGGUGAAGGACUGGGGGUUGAGAGGUAGCAGGUGUGAGGAGUUUGGGAAGUGAGAAGAACAUAGGGAGGAAAGAGGAGAAGGUUACUGUUAUCCCUGACAGAGGAUGAGCUUCCCCACUCACACUUCUUGUUCUGGGAGCAGUGGAACUAGUCAAACCCAGUUUCCUGUGAUUUUGUGUCUUAUGUUCAUUCCUUCCAUGUAACACCAGAGCACGGCUGCGUGUCUCCAGGUCACAGUGCUUGUGAUUCCUGCGCCCCCUCGGCAGUGUCCAGCUCUCCCUCUUGUGUCUCAGCCUGUUUGUCUAGGCAGUGGGUAGCAGCUGGUGCAGCACAUGUAGGUACCUGACUGGCCAUCAGCUAACACCACCUCUCCCAAAAAUAAAGGCUGAGCUGGUCCUCCAAUUAAUGGAAGUAAACUAGGAAAUUUCUUUUUGACUUGCUUAAAAUUUCACCAAAUCUGUGGUACGUAACACCUCUGAGCAGUUAUUUCUCCGUCGGCAAAGGGAUGUGCCUAGAACUGCUCAGUAACCUGUGCUCGCCUGCAGCGCAGUGACGGCACGUCUGCAGCAGCCUGCACCGCAUGACACCCGCAGGGAGAGCCCAGCUGGCAGGAGGGGAGGGCGGAGGAGAGGAGUCAAGGUGCACAUGAUGAAAGCGGUAGCUGCAGACAUGAGCACGUAGGUAGCAUUAGCCACCUAUCAGCCCUUCAUGGAGGCGCAGUUUAGACUGACAAAUGUCUCAUGCUGUUAAACUGUGGGCAUCAAAAACAACCAUGAGUCCUUGGUGUGCUGCUGAGGUCACCUCCCUGCCCGGACUCCUGCUCAGCCCUUCCUGAGACCUUACCAACGCAAACCUCCAGAGCUGGGUGAAUACUGUUCACUUGCCAUCUUGGAACCUUUAUUGCUACAGAAUAUCCAAAACAACAAAACCAACAACACAGUUACAAAAGGAGUUCACAGAGAAACGUGAAGCAGCCUGUGUUUGAAAUGCUCUGUGUCACCGUACUGAGUCAAAUAUAAAACAAUGCGUAUUUAUACGUAUAUAAAAUAUAAAAGGAACAAUACAUCAGAAAUGUAUAAACAAGGGCUAUGGAGGCCUUCAUGGUAUUUACAAUCAGAGCUAUGGCAGGGUUGGGGGGCAUGGGAGCAGGCAGUGUCCGUUCAAAAGUGAGUUUUACAUGUAUCUGUGAAAAUCUCUGUGGACAGAGAGACGCUCAGAGCUGGGCUCAGCCCUACUGGAAAUGGUUUGAAGGUUCUGCAUGACUGAUGGUUUGGGAGAAAGCCAAGGCCUACCUACGGUUGGAUCAGUCACGGGCCAAGGCAAACAACGAGCAAAGGCAGUCCCCUGUCUCUGCUCAGGCUCUGUCUGACAGCCAUGUUAGUGUAGCUGCGUUCCCAGCUGUGAAACAGAAGGUCAGGCCCA